GCCCUUUUUUCGCUCCCCCUCCAAACCUUCCUGUCUGCAGCCCAUUCCCUGUCCUCAACACGCUGGCACCACGAUUAUUUUUCCUUUGCGACUGUCGGCGACCGACGCGUUAUCUGGCGUAAAACUCUCCGCGCGGCAGACUUCAGCACUUGCGAACGUGUUCUAUUGGAUCAGCGCUCGGACCGCUCAUUUUGGCGCUGCCCGAAGUUGACUCCCCCGCCUGGCUUGGUCUCGGAUAGCAAGGGCGCUGAGAGACAGUUUCCGAAGGCCGCGACAGCUUGAGAGCCCGCUUCGAUCGACGCUUACUACUCGCCGGGGUGCCGUGACUCUCAAUUCUCUUAUACGUAUCCCGGAUUCCCGUUCGAGCAUAACGCCUGGUCAAGAUGUCGGUCCUGCCGGCUGAGGUCAACGCCCAGCUGGCUCAGCUGCUCCAUCAGCUCCAGUCCCCCGAUAACAAUAUCCGAUCCCAAGCUGAAGAUGUCCUCCAAAACCAGUGGACCAGUCAGCGGCCUGAGUGGCUCUUGAUGGGCCUGGCCGAACAAAUCGCGAACUCGACAGACGCAUCCUUGCGCUCCUUUGCGGCUGUGAUUUUUCGCCGGAUAGCGUCCAAGACCCGAAAGGUCGGCAGCUCGGAGAAUGUCGACAUGUUUGUGUCUCUCGACAAGGAACACGGCAUCCUCAUCCGCAGAAAGCUGUUGGAAACGCUGGUUACUGAAAGCGACAAAACCGUAAGGAACAAGAUCAGCGAUGCUGUCGCUGAGCUCGCCAGACAAUAUUACGACAACAGUGACUCGUGGCCAGAGCUGCUUCAAAUUUUGUUCACCCUCAGCCAGGCGCCGGAUGCUGGCAAGCGAGAGACCGCUUUCCGUGUGUUCACAACGACACCAGGUAUCAUCGAGAAACAACAUGAGGAUGCCGUGGCCCAGGCAUUCGCGCAGGCCUUCAAGGAUGAUUCAGUCGCGGUUCGUCUCGCUGCCAUGGAAGCCUUUGCGGCUUUCUUCCGCAGUCUGAGCAAGAAGAAUCAGAGCAAGUACCACGUCCUCCUCCCAGAGGUGCUCAACAUCCUCCCCCCCAUCAAGGACUCUCAAGACUCGGAUGACCUCAGCAAGGCUCUUGUUGCGCUUAUCGAUCUCGCCGAGGGAGCGCCGCGGAUGUUCAAGCAAGUUUUCAAUGUCCUCGUCCAGUUCUGCAUAUCGGUGAUCCAAGACAAGGAGCUCAGCGACCUCUGCCGGCAGAACGCGUUGGAGCUCAUGGCCACAUUCGCCGACUAUGCGCCAUCGAUGUGCAAAAAGGAUCCUAAUUACACCCCAGACAUGAUUACUCAAUGCCUCAGCCUGAUGACGGACUUGGGCGAAGACGACGAUGAUGCAGCCGAGUGGCUCGCAGCCGACGACCUUGAUGACCCGGAGAGUGACCAAAACCAUGUUGCCGGUGAGCACUGCAUGGAUCGCCUGGCCAACAAACUAGGCGGUAUGGUCAUCUUGCAACCAACCUUCAACUGGCUGCCGCGUAUGCUGUCCUCUCCUGCUUGGAGGGAUCGGCACGCCGCUCUCAUGGCGAUAUCCGCCAUUUCCGAGGGCUGCCGAGACCAGAUGAUCGGUGAACUGAAGCAGGUCCUCGAAUUGGUUGUUCCUGCUCUUAAGGACCCCCACCCCCGUGUCCGGUGGGCCGGUUGCAAUGCGCUGGGCCAGAUGAGCACAGAUUUCGCGCCGACAAUGCAAAGGGAGUAUUACGACACCGUCCUCUCAGCCAUCAUUCCGGCUCUCGAUUCACCGGAAGCCAGGGUCAAGUCUCACGCGGCCGCCGCUCUGGUCAACUUCUGCGAGGAGGCCGAAAAGAGCGUCCUUGAACCCUAUCUUGACGGGCUGCUGAGUGCGCUCUACCAGCUUCUCCAGAACGAGAAGCGAUAUGUCCAAGAGCAAGCCCUAUCUACGAUUGCUACGAUUGCCGAUGCGGCGGAGCAAGCGUUUUCGAAGUACUACGAUACUUUGAUGCCCCUUCUUGUGAGCGUUCUCGGGCGCGAGAACGACAAGGAAUACCGGCUACUCCGAGCAAAGGCAAUGGAAUGUGCGACGCUGAUUGCGCUGGCUGUCGGGGCUCAGCGUCUUGGCGGAGAUGCCGCGAUGCUCGUCCAGCUGCUGGCGAGUAUCCAAGAUAGCGUCCAGGAUCCGGAUGACCCACAAGCUAACUACUUGAUGCAUUGCUGGGGCCGAAUGUGCCGCGUCAUGGGCAAGGCUUUCCUUCCUUACCUACCAAAAGUCAUGCCGCCUCUGCUUGAGCUCGCGAGCGCGAAAGCCGACAUUCAACUCCUCGAUGACGACGAGCAGAUCGAAAGGUUCCAGCAAGAGGACGGCUGGGAGCUGGUACCACUCCGUGGCAAGACGAUCGGCAUCAAGACCAGCUCGAUGGACGACAAGCACAUGGCGAUCGAGCUUCUCGUCGUCUACGCACAGGUGCUUGAAGAGGAUUUCGCUCCGCACGCGGACGAGAUCAUGGACAAGAUUGCUCUGCCCGGCCUAGCGUUCUUUUUCCAUGAUCCCGUCCGGUUCGUGUCCGCCAAGCUUGUCCCGCAGCUUCUUAGCUGUGUCAAGAAGGCAUAUGGACCUCAGUCUGAGCAACUAGCAAGUCUGUGGAACAAGACUGUCGACAAACUGCUGGAGGUGCUCACUGCAGAACCCGCUGUGGACACUCUCGCGGAGAUGUACCAAUGCUUCUACGAGUCGGUCGAGGUCAUCGCUAGGCCCUGCCUUACCGACGCGCACCUAGCCCGAUUCAUCGAGGGGGUCAACUCGACGCUAGAGGACUACAAAGACCGUGUUACACAGCGGGAGGAUGAACGGCGGGGCGUGGCUGCGGAAGACGCCGAAGACGAACAAGAAGAGCUGCUCAUGGCUAUUGAGGACGACCAGACGUUACUCUCCGACAUGAACAAGGCAUUCCACUGCGUCUUCAAGUACCACGGAGUCAACUUCCUUCGCCAUUGGGAACACCUGCUCCCGACUUACCAAGGGUUCCUCAAGUCUGACGAUCCCACGCAACGGCAGUGGGGAUUGUGCAUCAUGGAUGAUGUCCUGGAGUACUGUGGCCCUCAGAGCAGUCAGUAUGCCAACUAUAUUACGCAGCCAUUGCUGCAGGGCUGCCAAGAUGCGUCGCCCGCCAUUCGUCAAGCGGCCUCCUACGGCAUCGGCGUAGCGGCUCGCCACGGCGGUGAAGCUUGGUCGGCGUUUUUGGGAGGAGCCGUCCCGUUCCUCUUUGAGGUCAUGCGGGUUCCUGAUGCGCGCAACGAGGACAACGUGUACGCGACGGAAAACGCAUGCGCAGCCAUUGCGAAAAUCCUUCAUUUCAAUGCUGCCGCCGUCGCCCAGCCUGACCAGAUCGUUGCGGAAUGGAUCAACACGCUCCCGAUCACCAACGAUGAGGAGGCGGCGCCGUACGCAUAUCUAUACCUGGCAGAACUCAUUACAAAGCAACACCCGGCGGUCAUGUCGCAGGCCCCGCGGAUAUUCGUCUUUGUUGCGCAAGCUCUCGAGGCAGAAGCCCUGAGCGGUCAGACUGCUGCGCGCGUCGUGGCAGCCACCAAGAUGCUCGUGGAAGGUACCAGCACGGACGUCUCGCCGUUGUUGCAGCAAUUCUCUCCGGAGGCACAGAACAUCGUCCGAGCGCACUUUUCGUAGGACCGCUGCGUCGGCGAAAGGUAUGUGCGCAGGCUUGAGCCUCGGUUGGUGGAUGUUAGGAUAUGGAAAGCCGCCCAGCAGAUGAAGUUGCAGGCAUACUUGGAGACGGUGGGCCACGG